GUCAGCGAGUGCAGAAGAAGAAUCUCUCAAAUUCUUCACACCGACCUGAGAUCCUCCAACAUGGCCGCCGCUCGUUGGUCAUCGCUUCACAGCUGCGUGUCGGAGGAGGUCCGUCUCCAUGACGACCACCUGGUGUUAACUGUGAGCUGCGUGUGAACGAGUCUCACUGAGCGUCUCGCACCGGACCUGCAGGGUCAGGAUCCCUUGGCUCUGGUGGACCUGGUUCUGGUGGACCUGGUGAGUCAGGAUCUGGUUCUGGUUCUGGCGGAACUGGUGAGUCAGGAUCUGGUUCUGGUUCUGGCGGAACUGGUGAGUCAGGAUCUGGUUCUGGUUCUGGUGGACCCGGUGAGUCAGGAUCUGGUGGAUCUGGUUCUGGUGGACCUGGUGGACUAUGGCUCGCAGGAGGAUGGAGACCCAGCCAGUGAUCUUGUGUGUGAAGACGCUGCUGCUGCUCUACUCCUUCAUCUUCUGGGUGACGGGCGUGGUCCUGCUGGCAGUCGGGUUGUGGUGGCGGUUCAUGUUGGGUCCGUACAUGUUGCUGAUCUCCAGCGGACCGUCCGUCGCUCCGUACGUCCUCACCGGCACCGGCGCCGCCGUCGUGCUCUUCGGACUCUUCGGCUGCUUUGCCACCUGCAGGGGGCGCCCCUGGAUGUUAAAGCUGUAUGCUGCCUUCCUGUCUCUGGUCUUCAUGACUGAACUUAUCGCAGGAAUCUCUGGAUUCAUCUUUCGUCACGAGAUCAAAGGGACCUUCCUCACCACCUACAGUGACGCAGUGAUGAACUACGACGGACGAGACGACAGGAGUCUGGCUGUGGACGGAGUCCAGAGACGAUUGCGUUGCUGUGGCGUGUACAACUACACCACGUGGCUGAGCAGUGUGUACUUCCCGGGCGGGGGGAUUCCUGCCAGCUGUUGUGUGAGUUUGUCCGACUGCAGCGGAGCCGACCUGAAGAACACAACGCUGGCCCCGCGCAAAGUCCACAAACAGGGUUGUUAUGGGCUGGUGACGUCCGUCAUCGAGGGCAACAUGGGAAUCAUCGCUGGCGUGACGUUCGGCGUCGCCUUCUCUCAGUUGGUGGGAGUGUCUCUGGCCUGCUGCUUGUCUCGCUUCAUCAACGCCAACCAGUACGAGAUGGUGUGACAGGUGAGACAGACAGGGAAACCACCAGGAGGCUCGUCACCAUGGAAAAACACAAAUACCUCUUCCUGGAAGCUGAUUGGUCGUCUAUUUGUGUGAAAAUCUGUGGACGUUCACGUCAAGAAAUAAUCAAUAAUCAAUAAUAAUAUUAAAUAACUUCAUAACAAUGUGAUGAUGCCACCAGGGGGCCGCAGACUGAA